GGGCGGCAGAAGAGCAGCCCUUUUUCGAAUCGGCUCUGGGCUGUGCGCGCGGGGAAGAGCAAGAUAAGGAGCAAUGGAAACUGUCCCAGGUUCUUCUGUUGAACAGCAAGGCUCUGACAUUGACUCUGACACAGAGAGCAAAAUAGAUCCAGAUACCCAAGCCCUGGAGUAUGUGGAGCGUGUUCUUGGAACUUCAAAUCAGUCCAGGCAAGCAACCCAGUGUCUGCCUCCAGAGUCUCUCUCAGUAGGUGGUGGUAGAGUCCGAACAUCAGACCUCAAAUCACCUCUAGAACUGAAAAAAUCUAUUGUUGAAGAAACUGCUUCAGGGCUGUUAUCUCUUCCUCUAGAGUUGAUUUUAGAAAUCUGUUCCUACCUGCAAGCCAGGUUUGUUUUGCAUGUCCUUCCUUUAGUCUGCAAGACACUGAGGGACAUUGUUCAAGAUGAAGUCACUUGGAGAAUUCGACUUUUAAAAAGAAUUGGCAAUUGCUAUCCAGUUGUAGAAGGUAAUGAUUUUAAUUGGCCAACAGCUUGCAUUGAACUAGAAGAACACCUCCAACAAUGGGCAGAUAGUGGCAAAAACACAGAGUAUUUUUCCCUUACUGAAGGGCACUUUGCUUCUGUUGAUUCUGUAUUGCUCCUUCAGGGUGGGGAGUUGUGCAUUUCUGGCUCUCGAGACCGAAAUGUCAACUUGUGGGAUCUAAAGCAGCUGGGCAAAGCACCAGAAAAAGUUCUAGUGAAAGCACUGGGGACAGAGCGCAAUGGAACACACAAGGGGUGGGUUUGGUCUCUGGCUUCACAUGAUAACCGUGUAUGUUCAGGCUCCUGGGACAGCACAGUGAAGUUAUGGGAUAUAGCUGCUGACGGAAAACAAUUUGGAGAAAUCAGUGAGAAAGCAGCUGUAUUGUGCCUUUCUUAUUUGCCUGACAUUCUGGUCACAGGAACAUAUGACAAGAAAGUGUCAGUCUAUGAUCCACGAGCUGCUUGUGCCCCAGUGAUGAGCCGCAGGCUUCACUCCAAUGCAGUGCUAUCCCUUGCAGCUGACGAACACUUCAUUAUCUCUGGCAGUGAGGACCGAACGCUGGUCUGUUUUGACAGGAGGACCAAUAGUGUGCUUCAAAGGCUUCAGCUGGACACAUACCUAUUUUCCAUGUCAUACCAGGGUUCUCAACUAUGGGCUGGAGACAAUCAUGGAAUGCUGUAUGUCUUUGAGAACAAUGGAGGGCAUUUCCAGCACAUUCGGUAUUUUGAUGUAGGUCAUCGCUCUCAGAUCACUGGAGUCCAACACUCAUUGGGUGCACUGUAUACAACUUCCACUGACAAGACACUCCGUAUCCAUGUUCCUACAGAUCCACCAAAGGUCAUCUGCUCACAGACCCACAGCUAUGUGCUAAAUGGGAUAUGGCUGUAUGGGCUGAGAAAUUCUGGGAGUUGAAGUCUACAGGACUUAAAGUUGCAAAGUUUGGAUGCUCCCGUUCUAAACUAAAACCACCACCAUUGUAAUCUUUGCUUCUACUCUGUUGUCUUCAUCUCUUCAAUGAUCUUGGAUUCUUUUGAAUGCUUUUAGCAUGUACAUAUCAAAAUAACUGCCUGGAAAUAGCAUUUACUGGAGGUGUAAACAGAAGAUCUAUAUCCUUAUAAUUAACUAUACUUUUCUUGCUCUUGUUUACUUCAUCUGUCUGGCGUUAAAUGAAGAGUCAGGUUAAAGGACCUGAAUUAGGUAUGGUUUUCUACUCUCUACAAAAUCUUAGACUGAAAUUAGUUUUCAUGUUACGAGACUCUUGGUCAAGUUGACUUCAAAAGGCCCAUUGCUCCUCAGCACAUUUGUCAUUAGCUUAUAUUAUGUGAGUCAUAGUGCAGCACUAGAGGGCCAAAGCACUGAGAUAACCUGAAUCCAGUCCUUCCAGAUGAUACUGAUUACUAGUUAUAUCACUGUUCUCCAUGCUGCUCUGAGAGUCC